AUGCCAAUGAUGGUUUGGGUGGAGCAGGGGUUAUCUAUGGCCUUGAUCCUACCUACAGCAAUGCAGGUGGAUUCCCCUAUGGCAAUACGCCAACGCAGCAUUGGUUCUGUGGUAACAGUAAAAAUUCCCAACACUACCGGUUACAGCAACCUGCGCCUGAAUGUGGGUGAAACCAAGAACUGGGGUUAUGAAACUGAUCUGAGGUUACAGCUUAUCCGUGCUAAAAAAUUCAGCUGGGAUCUGAAUGUGCGUUAUUCUUACAAUGACAAUAAAGUUAUUGAACUGUAUCCCGGCGUAGAUGAGUUCAGCUACGGCGCCUUUUCUUAUGCAGCGCCUUACGUAAUUAAAAACCAGCCUUUCCCUGCAUUAAAAGCCAUCGCUUAUGUACGUGACCCGGCUACCAAUGCGGUAAUUGUUGGCAAGGCUGAUGGUUACCCGCUUACAACGGGGCCGCUGAAAAAUUUUGGCCGCACCAUUCCUAAACAUAUUUUAGGCUGGGGUACCACCCUUAAGUACACGGCGUUUGCAUUGACUACCAAUUUUGAAUACCGUGGUGGCAAUGUGGUGUACAGCGAUCUUGGCCGCCAGAUGACCUUCACCGGUUCUGGUAAAUGGACAGAAAACCGCGAUCCUUAUGUGUUUCCCAAUUCAGCCUAUGAUGACGGUACCGGCGCUGUAAUUGCUUUGUACGGACGUAACCUGAUUACUAUUGUUGACAAAGCCAACGACUUUACUGAUCCUGAAUUCAGUUUCACUACGGAUAAUGGCCAGGGCGUUAAUACAACUGCGCAGACACCACCUGUCCGCCAUAUGAAACUUAAACAUAUAUUACCAGUCAUUCUGAUAGGCAUUGGGCUGUCCGGUUGUAAAAAAACAUGGCUGGAUAUUAAUACCAAUCCCAACAGCCUUCCAACGUCAACGCCCGAUUUUGUUUUCACCGCUGCAUUAAACCGGAUCAACGGCUAUCUCGACCCCAAUGAAACAGGUUCUUACUGGUCGGGCCAGUGGACGCAGUCAAGUACCUAUAUCAUCAGUACUACCAUUUUUGCCUACCAGUUUAACAAUACCAAUUUUAAUUAUUGGGAUACCUAUUAUGAUAUCCUGAAUGAUUUUCAAUUUGUGAUUGAUAAUUCGGAUGCCAAAGGCCAGCCUUACUUUAAAGGGCCAGCCAAAGUAAUGAAGGCCUUUAUUUUUCAGCAGCUGGUAGACCAGUAUGGUAAUGUUCCCUACAGCGCAGCAUUGAAAGGCGUAACCAGCCUGGCACCAAAAUUUGAUGAUCAGAAAGCUAUUUACGAAGACCUGGUGAAGGUGCUGGAUUCAGCCAUCGUGGAUACCAAAGCCAAUGUAUUUUCAGCAGCAGGCAAAAAUGCGGAUAUUGUAUUCAAAGGUUCCAACACCAACUGGGUGAAAUUUGCCAACAGCCUUAAAUUGAGAAUCCUCAUAAGGCAGAGCCGCAUAGCCGGCAGGGAUUCUUAUAUCACCACAGAAAUCAAUAAGGCUGCUGCAGUGGCAGAAGGUUUCCUGGGUAUAGGGCAGGAUGUAACAUCCACUCCGGGCUAUGUUUCCUCAGCAGGAAAACUCAACCCGUUUUAUGAGCGUUGGGGAUACAACUCUUCAGGUGGUGCACAGGCAUUGGCGCGUUACCCGCGGCCUACCAAGUUCCUGUUCGAUUUCCUGAAGUCUACCAAUGAUACGUUCCGGCUUAAGCGCCUGGCCUAUGCAGCCGGCGGAGAAAGUACCACACCGGGCGUAAGCACCAAACCGGAAAUUGUAGCCAAUUAUGUGGGUGUUCCAUUUGGCGCCGCUUCCGGCUACCUUUCGCAGAAUACCUCUUAUCCCGGUCCUUCAGUUAUUGUAAAAAAUGAAUUUGCCCGCCCAAUGGUGGUGAUGACUGCUGCAGAAAGCUAUUUCCUGCUGGCAGAAGCUAAACAACGCUAUGGCGCAGCAGUAACAUUGCCUGCCAAUGGCACAGACGGUACGGCAAAGGGUUACUACGAGCAGGGUGUUAAAGAAGCCUUCCGCUUAGACUUCACACAAACAACGCUUGGUGGUGUUGCAUUAAGUUCUGCCAAUACAUUGCUGGCAAGCGGCCUUGAUUUGGCCGACUGGAAUGCUUCUCCUGAUAAGCUGAAAGCUAUCUGGAUGCAAAAAUGGCUGGCCCUCGUAAAUUUCGGCGGCCUGGAAGCAUGGAGCGAAUUCCGCCGCACCAAUUUCCCGGUAACACCAGAAUCGGCUUCUGCACAAGCCGGUGCCAAACUGCCUGUCCGCCUCUUCUACCCAAGUACAGAGCUGGGUUCUAACGGCGAAAACGUAAAAGCACAGGGUACCAUUGAUGUAUUCACCAGCAAACUGUUCUGGGACGUAGAUUAA